AACUAUAAUAUCCCAAUACAUAAACUGUGUUCAUAAUCUAGAUGUUUGUGUCUUGUUUAUUAAACAACUAAGAAUGGCUACUUUUGCUACUCUUCAUGGCUUGAACAACCCUUUUCCUCGAUCUCAAUUCCUAGGCCAAGAACACCCUUUCCCUCUCAAACCACCACCUUCCACAGUGCAUCCAAAAGCUCCACCAACUCAUGAGGUGCUAAAGCCACAAGCCAAGUUCAACAUAUUGGAAAUGAUGGGAGGGAGAGGACUGUGCAAUGGAGAAAAGGGUAUUCAGCAAGAGCUGAAAAGACAGCCUAUUGUUGUUGAUCAGCCUCCACCCUCAGCAUCAAGUACAAAAGAACAAGAAGAUGGAAUCGGUGAUGAAGGAAGUGAUGAGCUUCCAGCAGAUGGCUUUGAGAAAGAAAUGAUGGGACUUACUGGGGGGUUCCCUGGUGGUGAGAAAGGCUUGAAAAAGUUCAUUGAGAAAAACUCUCCUCCAAAACCAGAUAAUGUUUUCACCAUCUCAUUCUGAGAGGACCCUUUCUGAAGAAGACCAACCAAAACAAUUUUUCACUUACAUUUCAUCAAUAUAUCUAUAUAAAUAUCUGCCAUUCUGAUAUUUGGCAUUUCAUACUUUGAUGAGGUUUGCCAUCUUUUCUUCUUCUUUGAUCUUCUUAAGAUGAGACUCUGAUUUUUGUACUGAUAGUUUAGACUGUUCAUUUUUCAGUUCAUCAUAUAUAUCAUACAUGUAGCUUUAUUAACAGUUAAAAAUUUA